AUGGCCAGCGGAGCUAGUCAAAGCGCAGUGCCUCUUGCGUCCACUGCUGCACGCGAUGCACGCAUUGCGACGCAUUCACACAUUAAAGGCCUUGGUUUGGAUGAGCAUGGUGUUGCCAUUGAACUGGCCCGCGGGUUUGUCGGUCAAAAAUCUGCGCGCGAGGCGUGUGGUCUUGUGCUCGAUUUGAUCCGCCAGCGAAAAUUUGCGGGGCGUGCACUGCUGCUUGCGGGUGGUCCGGGUACGGGAAAGACUGCGCUUGCACUUGGUAUGGCGCAUGAGCUUGGGCACAAGGUGCCGUUCUGCCCCAUGGUUGGCUCGGAAGUGUACAGCACCGAGGUGAAGAAGACCGAGGUGCUGAUGGAAAACUUUCGCCGUGCGAUUGGUUUGCGCGUGCGCGAGACCAAGGAAGUAUACGAAGGCGAGCUCACAGAGCUCACUCCCACAGAGGCCGAGAAUCCCCUUUCUGGCUACGGCAAAACGAUUGUACACGUGGUGAUUGCGCUCAAGACUGUUAAAGGCACCAAGCAACUGCGCCUUGACCCCAGCAUCUACGAGAGUAUUCUUAAAGAGCGCGUGAGUGUUGGCGAUGUGAUAUACAUCGAGGCCAACACGGGCGCCGUCAAGCGUGUCGGCCGCUCCGAUGCGUACGCAACGGAAUUCGACCUCGAAGCGGACGAGUACGUCCCGCUGCCCAAGGGCGAUGUGCAGAAGCGAAAAGAGGUUGUGCAAGACGUGACACUGCACGACUUGGAUAUGGCGAAUGCGAAGCCACAGGGUGGGCAGGAUAUUAUGAGUGUGGUUGGCCAGCUUGUAAAGGGCAGGCGCACCGAAAUUACCGACAAGCUCCGUGCUGAGAUUAACAAGGUUGUGGACAAAUACAUUCAGCAGGGCAUUGCCGAGCUUGUGCCCGGUGUACUGUUUAUCGACGAGGUCCACAUGCUGGACAUCGAGUGUUUCACCUACCUGAACCGCGCGCUGGAGUCGACCAUCAGUCCCCAUGUGAUUCUUGCGACGAACCGUGGUCAGUCGACUGUGCGCGGCACCGAGUUUGACGGCGCAGGGGUCACUGCGCCGCAUGGCAUUCCGCUGGACUUGCUGGAUCGGUGCAUGAUUGUACGCACACUGCCGUACUCGCAAGACGAGAUACAGGGCGUGAUUCGUAUCCGGACCGGAAUUGAGGGCAUUGUCGUCGCAGACGAUGCGCUCACAAAACUCACCGAGCUUGGGGCUCGCACGUCGCUCCGAUUUGCUCUUCAGAUACUGGCACCUGCAUCGGUGCUGGCUAGCGUCUUGGGACGGUCGGAAAUCACUGUCCAGGAUGUCGAGCAGGCAAACAGUUUGUUUUUGGAUGCGCGUGAGUCUGCGCGCAAUCUCCAGUCCGGCAUGCUGGGCAGUGCACCAAGUGGUUCGGACGGAACAUUGAUGGACGUCGCAUAA